CGGUGGGCGGGGCUUGUGUCGUCACUGGCGGGUUACUUGUAGACGCUCUAUUGUUCCCAAGUAAGUUCGGCAGCCAUUCAUCUGUUAUCCCCGCGCUGGAGGACUCGCUGAGGAACAAUAUUGGGACUGGUCGUGAUGAACCUCAUGUGAAAGAUGAAGAGGGAGAUUGCUGCAGUUGUGUUUUUCCUGAAGAGGCUUGUGAAAAAAGGAGAGAAGUUGGAAUCGCAUAAGAUUGAACUCUUUGCGGAGAGGUUGGCUGUCGCACUACAUGAAAAGUUUAAGGGUCACUGGUAUCCUGAAAACCCCUCUAAAGGACAGGCAUACAGAUGUAUCCGCAUGAACAGAUUAAACAGGCGGGAUCCAGAGAUCCUUCGGGCCUGCCGGGAGAGUGGGGUACAGCAUGGUGACUUGGGACUGCCUUAUGAGCUCACUUUGUGGGUAGAUCCAUGGGAGGUUUGUUGCAGGUAUGGAGAGCUAAAUCCUUGCUUCUCAGUGGCAACUUUCACUAGUGAUGAGGAGGAGGACAAAGAUGUUGCAAAGAAGGUGACCAGCGCUCUGGAGAGGGUGACGUCAGACUACCACUCAGGUUCUUCCUCUGAUGAGGAGAGCACACGUACCUCUCCCCUCACCAUCCCUGCCAACCGCUGGGCUCGCCAGACGAUGAAUCCAGCUGCUCCAUCCUGGCAUCCCAGAAAAGUCAUACCAGAUAAGGGCCUCAUCCUUCCACCGCCUCAGUACGGCUACAGACCUCGCAGCAGGCCCCCGCACACUUCGAGGCACAACCUUUGGAUACCUCCUGCUUACAGUGGAGGACCCGGAUACUGGGAGGCAAACCAAGAUUUGGCACAUUGUUAGUUAGGACUCGUGGUGCUUAUUGUUCACACUGGACAUUAAACCAGACGAUAACUUUAAGAUGACUGACCAACUUUUUUAACAAUAUUUCUUUUUAUACUCUAAAUAUUGUUUUUGACAGUCUUUUUGCACUUUAGAAAUUUUUGUUAUAGUUUGAAUAAAGUAUGAAAUUAGGAUCGGAAUUGGAAUACUACACAUUUAAUCUUGAAGUACUGUAUUUUUUACUAUGGGAGACAUUUGUGUAUAAAACCCAAUGUCCUUUGUGAUGAAAUGUUUUAUUUAUUCAGUGUUGCCAGAUGUAUAGACUUAAAAAUAUGGAGUUUUAUUAAACAUUUCCAAGCAUCACAAUUUGUUGUUGGUUUCCAACAUAGUAUGUUUGUUUAAAAAAUUUUGUUUAGUCUUUAUCUGGAGGAUUUUAAGUACUUACUUUACAUCUGGUGGUAGUAGAAGAGUAAUCACAUUGUGAGGAGGAAAAUCCAGAUUUCCACAUUUCUAGUUUUGUUUGUGGUUAGGACAGACUUUAGUGAGCUGUUUUGGUUGUACUGUAAACUACAUAGAGUAACUUGUAUGUUGGUAAUUACCCUGCAGUACUCUGAUUAUCUGAGUACAGUUAUCUCUCUAAUCUUAAUUUUGUAGACAUAAUUAAAUUUCAUAUGAGGGCAUGUUUUGGUGAUUUAGUUUUUUAUAAUCUUAUAAAAUUGGCCUGGAAACGUAAACAUAAAAAAAAUACAACAUUCUGUUUUCUCCAAAGAGGAAGGUACUAAAGUUGUAUAAAGACACGAUGCCUUUGUCAGUAUCUCAGUGAUGUAGAAAAAUUGCUAAUGUCCAACACAGUAGUGCAGGUAAAAAAAACAAUGUACCACAUACGUAUCAAGGCCGAAUAUAUAUAAUAUAAGCAAAAUUAAACAUCUAAUGAAGGUAUUUAAAAACUGGUGGGUUAAACAGUUAUACUAAUAUAGGAUAUGAAGUGCAAUGAGUCCAAGUAGUAAGAUAUUUCACAAUUCCUGAAUUUGUUUUGCAUGGUUAUUUAGAGAAUUGAUUUUUUUUUGGGGGGGGUUAUUAGUGAUGUGAGUGACCUGUACCAUUUUCCUGAGGGCAGAAGUUUAAAAAGAUGACCAGAAUGGGAAAUGUCUAAUGAUUGCCAUAGCUCUGUUGUAAUGGCGGGUUUUGACCAGGUGCUCUAUAGACAACUUCUUGUCUGCCACCGUACACCCUCCAUGCCAUGCUGUGAGACAGUACGUUAGCGUGCUCUGUUACUGGGUGCUCAGAAAGCACAUUUGUGACAGAGGUGACACUUUUUAGGACUCUCAAAAAGUGCAGUGUCCUGGUCAAGAGGGUGUAGAUAUGUAGAUCACCAGAAACAUAAAACUGGACUAUUUCCACAGUCUUCCUUCAUCAAAAUGGGAAGGUUGAGUCUGUGCUUUCUGAAGUCCAAGAUUAGUUUUGUUUUCCUUGUGUUUGGUGUAAGAUUGUUUUCCAGACACCACAGUCAGUUUAUGGAACUGGUCCCUGAAGGCCCCUUCAUCUAUUCCUGACAUACGGCCGACAACUGUAGUGUCAGCAAAUUUCAAUAGGCAGUUUGACGUGAGGGAGGGAACAGUCGUGUGUGGAGUUAAUAAAGAAGUGGACUUAAUAUGCAGUCCUGUGGUGAGUCUGUGGUGAGAGUGAUGGCGGAGGGCAUGUGGGAGUCCAGUCUGACAGCCUGGGGCAGUUGGAGAUAAAGUCCAUGAUCCAGGAGCAGAGGUGAGAGGACAGGCCUAGCUCCAGCACUUUCUUAAUGACAGUGACUGGUAUGGAUAAACCAUACAGAGCUGCCACUGAUAAUCACACACAUAGGUGUGAUUUAGAGAAUUAUAAAUGAGAUAAAAACAUGCAGAUUAGAUUAAAUUAGAUUAGAUAGUCCUUUAUUCAUCCCUCAAUGGGGAAAUUCGCUUUGUGCAGCAGCAGUACACUCAACCCACAUGCAGCGAAAGAAGGAUGAAAAAAGUAAAAAAUAUAUAAUUACAAAUUAUAAACAGUAUGUACAGUGGAAUAAAAAUAAAAGUAGUGCAGUACGAGAAGAAAAAACUGCAAAAAAAAGUUACUGUAGGAUGUUUAUGAGGUAUAAAGAUAUAAUCACUGUUGAAAGGAGAAACGUCAUUACUUACUAAAAAACAUACUAUUAGUAAGGAAAUAUAUUAAGAAAAAACUAAAUGUUGAGGUAAAUAUAGCUUUUUGUCACCAUUAUAUAGAAACUGAAUGUGAAGUCUGUCAACUGUUCACAUUAUUUUAUUUUCCCUUUUUUCCUUUCGUCCUAUUGUCAUUGCCAUUUAUACAUGAGUAGCUGACAAGUUUAAAUGUUAUGUAUGUUCAAACAUUAAUUCAUAUAAUAAAGUGAAAACAACUGUUCA